AUGAGCUUCGCGAUCGAGGUUCCAGGAGAGGCGAGCCCCCUCAGCCUGCAAGAGCUGUGCCGGACCCUACAGCUGGCCACAUCGUCUCAGGACUACAGCCAGCGCCAAUCCGCCGGCCAGCAGCUGUCGUCGUGGGAGUCUCACGUCGACUACUACGCUUCUCUCCAGCUCGCGUUCCUCGACAAGUCCUUGCCGCACGAAAUACGACUGCUCGCCAUCAUACAGCUGAAAAAUGGCGUCGACAGGCACUGGCGUCACCAUACGCUGCAGAACAGUAUCCAGCCCCGCCAGAAGGAGCAGAUCCGAUCGAACCUAUACCGAGGCAGCGUGGGAGAGGAGGACAAGCAACUCGCGCUGCACAAUGCCCUGGUUGUUGCGAAGAUCACUAGGAUUGACUUUCCCCAGGCCUGGCCCGAUGCGAUGACCAACCUGGUCAGCCUGUUACGGGAAACAAAAGACGGGAGCCCUGGGAACCUGUCGGGCGCCCUCACAAUCCUCCUGCGCGUGGUGAAAGAGCUCGGAACCGCCCGCCUGAGAAAGUCCCAAACGGCACUACAAUCCGUCACGCCGGAGCUGGUCUACCUGCUCGGGGAGAUAUACACCAGCAGCACGGCGGCAUGGACCGCGUUCCUGACCAGCGGUCAAGGCGACGAGGAUACCGCUGACUUCGCCAUGCAAAACAGCUUGACAUCUUUCAAAACACUCCGCCGCCUUCUGAUCGUCGGCUACGAGUUCCCCCACAAGGAUAACACAGUUCAGCAAGCAUGGAAUCUGUCUCAGUCGCAGUUCGGUCAGUUCCUUGGUUUUGUCAGCCACGACUCCCCGAUACCCGCGCCAUACUUGGAGAUCGUCGGAAAGCACCUCAUGCAGUUUACCAAGCUCCAUCUAGAAAUGGCACAAGCCCACCCGGCUAGUUUUGCCUCGCUUCCGAACUCUUUCGAACUCGUGCGGUCAUAUUGGGACUUAGUUGCCAAGUUUGCCGAGGUCUUCACGAAGUCUGGCGGACUGCGUCAAGGAGCCAGCACAGCGGAUGGGGAGGCCAAGUCCAAGAUGGAAGGCCCCUUGCUAGAAAAGCUGGCGCUCAAGGGCUUGCUGCUUGUGCGAGCAUGUAUUAAGAUGGUCAACCAACCGCAGCAGACGUUUAGAUACCGUUCGAAGGAGGUCAAAGAGGAGCAGUCACAGCUUAUCGGCCAAGUGAAAAAUGACCUACUGAAAGACGAGUUCAUAGUACAGAUGGCCAAUAUCAUCAUUUCACACCUUCUGAUCUUUCGCCAGGCAGACCUUGAUGCUUGGGAAGAGAGCCCGGAAGAAUGGGAGCAGCAAGAGGAGGCUCAGGGAACCGCUUGGGAAUGGGAGGUUCGACCUUGUGCUGAAACCGUGCUUCACUCACUCCUCGUCAGUUACAAGCAUCUCUUAGUCCAGCCGCUUCUGGCAUACUUUGAGACUGCCAAGAGUCCGCAAGCCAAUAUCAUGACGAAGGAGUCUGUGUACACUGCGCUAGGCCUGGCAGCUCCUCAUCUAGAGAAGCAGUUCGAUUUUGAUGACUUCUUGAGAUCGACUCUUAUCAACGACGCACAGCAGCAAGGGCCGCUGUGCAAGGUGCUGAGGCGCAGGAUCAGCAUUCUCACCAGUCAAUGGGUUCCAAUCGGUGUAUCCAAGGACAGCCGGGUAUUGAUUUACGAGAUCUACCGACAUUUCCUUAACCCAAAUGACCAAAACAACGACAUUGUCGUUCGUAUCACGGCUGGAAGACAAUUCAGAUUGGUAGCGGAAGAUUUCCAAUUUGAGGGACAAGUGUUCAGCCCAUACGCCGAGGGCGUUCUCACAGAGUUGAUCAAACUUCUACACCAGACAGACAUUGAUGAAACCAAAUUGGCAAUUCUGGACACGACCAAGGCUAUCAUUGAACGGAUGGAAACCUAUGUCAACCCUUUUGCAGACCUAAUUGUCUCCGCUCUGCCUGCCAUAUGGGAAUCCGAGACCGAUCUUGGCUACAUGCUGAAGCAAGCAGUUUUGACAAUCCUGCAAUCGCUGAUAAUGUCUAUGAGGCAGGAGUCAAAGAGAUUCCACGCAAUUACCGCCCCACUGAUCUUCGAUUCAGUUAAAGAGGAUUCAGAUGUCUUCAUCUAUCUCAUCGACGAGUCGUUGGAUCUAUGGACCAAUAUUCUACAUCAAAGUGACACUCCAUUGUCGCAGGAGCUUUUGAGCUUAAUUGAACCAGCCAUAAGGCUGCUUGGUGAACACACGGAACACCAUCUCAUAUAUCUUACCAUAGCCGGCUCCUACAUCCUGUUGGCCCCUGAGGUCAUGCUCGAGGAGCGUUGGAGACAGCCUUUACUCAAAGCAUUGGGCGACACGUCUACCUGGCAGCAUGCGCGUGACCAACAAACCGUUGCCAGCAGGUAUAUCGACUUUUUGCUACGCUGCGCUGAAGAACUCGGCAAGAUCGAUGGGCUUAAAGUUGUCAUUCAGGACAUGAUGGCUUGCGGUUUCUUGACGCAGAUGUUCGAAGGAAUUCACGAUGCCUACAAUGCACACCAGACGUCGGGGCCGAAUAGGAAACAGCCCAAAGUCAACAACCUGACUCUCACCGACUACUUCGCUACUCUCUCACGCAUCGCCGUGAUCGAUCCCAGCACAUUUGUCGACAUUCUUACGUCUAUCGGCCCUCUCGACCAAGUGUGGCCCUGGCUGAGUGCUGAGUGGUUUUCCAACUUCGACUGUAUUUCCGACGACAGGCGACGAAAGCUGAACCUGCUUGCCCUGACCCGACUCAUGGAGCUCGGAGAGCCGAUGCAAGGGCUUGUUCUCGCAAAGCUGCAAGACUACUUUACCAUGUGGACAAGCGUCAUUGCCCCCAUCCUGGACGAGCAGGACCCCUCGAUCGAUCUACUCGUCCUCACGGAUGGGCUCGAGUCUACGGAAUGGGAUACGCCCAGGGACCUGCGGGAGAGGGCGCUGAAGGAAAGCGACCCUGUCAGUCGGGUCAACGCGUUGACUUUCGUCAGAGACACGCUGUCCGGGUUGGUCCAGAGAGUAGGCGACCAGGCUUUCCAGGAGAACUAUCUCGCCAACGUGGACUCGGACGUGGUUGGCAGUUUCCAGAAGCUCGGCACCCCUCAGUCCAGGUAG